AUGGGUGAAGGCGACGGCUAUGGUUGUAAAAUCUAUUUUCUCAUUUCACUCGAGGGAAUCCUGUUCUUGCUGCAGCUCGUAAGUGAAAGCCGAACAUGGUUUCUUUCGUGUUGUUUUAUUGGGUACUUUCGAUUGUUUAGAGGAUUUCUUUGGGUUCGAUAGUUGCGCGACGUUCAGUAACCUUUUGUAAGUUAGGCAUUUUUUUAUGUCUGUGAUGUUAUUUUAAAUAUUCAGGCAAUUUGAAAAUCAUUUGUUUUAUUGCCGCACCCUCUAAUCCACAGGCAGCCUUUUGUACAUGGCCAGUGAGCUGAAAAAUUUUCCAGUUUCUUAGUAAAGAGCAUAAAUGUUGGACCUGAUCUAUAGAGAGACUUAAUAUCAAAAUAAUAGCAAAACACAGAAGUAUGUUUUACUGCCCGAUUUUUAACGGCCUUAAAUCAGAUAUCUGGAAGAGAAAAUCACAUAUUUUGGCUAUUUACAACAAUUAUCAUUUUAAAGUAAUGCACUGAUUGAUAUUCAUACGAAGCCAUUUCAACCCUGUUGGUGUGAAAAUUUAGUUUUUCACAAUUCGGCAGUGCUGUAGUUGGUGUAUGUACAGCUCUUUGCCCAUCAACAUAUUAACCCAUUGAUUAACCAUUGACAUGGAUCGAGGAGAGUAGUAGUAACCCAAUUGGAUCACUAUAUGACUGUUGUAUUAUAACUUAUACAUUAUUACGAUUAUUACUAUUAGGAAAAUGUAAACUUCAAGUUACAACAAUCAAGGUACCCUAACUGGUUGCUAAUUAGAAACAUUUCUCUAAAGCACUUGUAUUCCAUUACUUGAUGCUCUUGAUUUUAAAAUUGUUGUUAAAGGUGAUAUUUCAAAGAGGAGUACCUUAUACUAAAAAUAACAUUCCUCAAGUUGAUUGUUAGUUACUGACGAGGUGCAAUAUUUUAUAACUGUGCCUGCCAAGUCAUUAAAUCUCUUUUAGUGUCUUUGAGAUAUGAGUGACUCAUAUGAAAAUUGUUUCUGCCUCAAAAAGAAAUCAAGUUCAUUAAUGUGCAAAAAUGAGACAAAAGAAAGAGAUGUACUCACAAUAAUAAUUUAUUAUAAUUGUGAUACAGGACUAUAUGUACCUUAGUAUUUUUGAAGUGUAAAAGGCUUUCAUCUUCAGCAUUGAAGCAGAAAAAAUAUAUAGGUUUGUCUGCAUGCAGUAACUAUAUGCACAUAUAUAUGCUGACAAAGUUACACUGCAACAUUUUCUAUAAACUUAUUAUAAGGUUGUUUGGGUUAACAAAACAGCAACUGGUGGUGGUUUUCAAACAACAGGUGGAAUGAUUUCGUUUUGUUACAGUACAUGUAUUAUUUUUGUGACCUAUUUUUUAAAGUAAGUGAAGACAUGCUUAUGACUCCCUUGCUAAAUUGCAACUACCUGUACCAAGAAUGUUGUUUUUGUCCCUUGGGUCAGUUUUUUUUUUUGCUUUCCUUGAGUUGGAUUUUGAUCACAAUCUUUUACUUUACUAAAAAUGUUGAUAUGCAAAACCAAGAAAAAAGUAAAGUGAGAUUUGAUCCAGCAGUAAAUUUUUAUUAAAAUUGUAUCUAAGUUGCUCAAUAACCUUUCCAGGUUCACAAAUAACAAUAAAAACAAUUUAAAAAAAACUCUGGACUUGAUGAGUUUUAUAAUAAUUAAUUGUAAUUUAUUGAAAUAAAUUAUUUACUUUUAAGGUUCUUGGAGUCAUCGCUUUUGCAUUGGUUUUGAGUCAUGAGGAUUCUAGUUUGUUUUCACAUUAUGGCUUCUUUAUUGUGGUCAGUGCCCUGUGCUGGAUUGGUGCCUUGUUAAUUAUAUUCUUCCACGUGAUUGGCUGUUGUAAAGUCAAAAUACUGGGUAUCUGGCAGAGAGAAUAUUCACUGGUAAGUCGAGACAUCUGCAGUUUUAAUGAGUUAUGUUUACCCUUACUCUUUCUAUCCUUUACCGAUACUUUCAACUUGAGCUACGUGUACAUACAUGUACAAAUUGAAAUUAGUGAAAUCAUAUAUUGUUUUAAAAUUAUAUGCAGUUAAAAUCAUAUCAGUAGAAUUAAUAUUUACCCAAACAAUGUCACUUUCAAAACUUAAGAAAUCAAUAAUUCAUAAAAACUUACAGUUUCUUUAAGGCUUAGGGGAAUAAAACCAAGGAAAAUCCCAUUGAGGUUCAGGAAUGAAUAACUGAUUUCUUUUGUUUUAUUUCCCUACAGGCAGUUACUUCUAGCUUUAAUAUUACUGUAUAUCUCACAUCUUAAUUUGGUCAUCCAGUCAUACUGAAAGAGUUAAUUUAUUAUAAUUUUAGCAGGUGUACAUAAUAAAAAUAAAUGGCAAUUGUGGGACUGCAUGUAAAUGGAGAUCUGUUGUGACAGUUUCUAAAUAAUAAAUAAAAUAAAUGAUGAUUUGGAGGUGGCACAUCCACAAAGUGGUUCUUCAUCUAUCUGAUUUCUGGUUGAAUAUUAUUGGAAUUUGGAAAUGUUGGGUUUUGAGGAGAUGGGAAAACCCGAGUACCCAAAGAAAAACCUCUCAGAGCAAGGGAGAAUCAACAACAAGCCUGCACCCAAAAAAACUUGUGUAUUACAUUUGCAUUCUCAAAAUCAGUGUUUUUCAUUUAUGCACACAUUAUGCAUUAUACCAUCCCAUAGAACACUGCCGAGAUACACAAACACAGGGCUUAAUGCAUCCUUGGGAUGAAAGAAAUUUACUAGUUUAUCUCAUAUAAAAUAAAAUGAGAAGUUAAUGGGAAAAUUAGUAACUUCCCAGAGAGCAUGUUGAGGCUUUAUAGAAACUUAGGAUGCAUGUACAUGUAUUUCUUUAGUCAUAGUGCAAACUCAGUCAAAACCAAGAAUAGUUAAAAUUCCAUAAUAGCCAAUACUAUGCUCUAAGAAAAUUUUGUGUUUAGCUCAAAUCCAGGCUCAGUGCCUUGCACAGUCAUUUAAUGUCUGUGCAAAAACUAAAGAUUUCCUUGUCACUUGAGGGACAACAGCCCUGAUGCAAUUACCUAAACAGGCUGCUGAGGCUGAAAAAUUAGUUUCAGUGUAUUGUCCACUACUACAGGCUAAUGGAAAGAUAUUUUUGUCUUUUAGUGGAUAUUUCUGUUGAGUUAUUCCCUGUCAUACUUCUUCUUCUUCCUGUUCUCAUCGGCCCUGCUGUCUCAAUGGACUCAAGGUUCAGCCCAGUUUAUUAUUGCUGCGGUAAGUUCAGAUGACUUCAUGUUUUAUGAAUUUGUCAGAACAAACAUGUAUUUCAUCGUAAGAAAGCCUGCAUUUAACUGCAGACAUUAAUAAUUCAAUAUCACUAAGAUUAAUUGCAGAUGGAUCUACAUAUUAUGUUGAUAUUCAAAGUACCGUUUGAGUAUAACUUUUUGCGAAGACUUUGCCGGCACAUAUUUUAGGGGCACACCUUUUAAUUCAGCAUUCUCCUACCAGAAAUGUUGCACCUGAAAAUGAAUGAGAUGUCUAAAAACACUGAGUUGAGUUCCAGCAUUUUAUUUAGUUGAGUUGUUUGAAUGUAAAUGUGCAGUGUGCUAUUAUCACUUCCUUUCCACUGAUAUAAAGUGAAUUAACUGUGUUUUUCUUUUCUUUUUUAGAUCUGUGGCUUUAUUUUGGCCAUUGUAUUUUUCAUCCUUUGCUUUAUAUACUACCGCCGUGUCAGGAAAAUCAGACUGACAGAGGUUGCUUGGGAAGGUGACAAAACAAGAACCUAA